AUGUGGACUACCAAUCUCAGUACCUAUACCAAGCUUUGUAUCAGUACUAUCAAUGUGGACUACCAAUCUCAGUACCUAUACCAAGCUUUGUAUCAGUACUAUCAAUGUGGACUACCAAUCUCAGUACCUACACCAAGCUUUGUAUCAGUACUGUCAAUGUGGACUACCAAUCUCAGUACCUAUACCAAGCUUUGUAUCAGUACUAUCAAUGUGGACUACCAAUCUCAGUACCUAUACCAAGCUUUGUAUCAGUACUAUCAAUGUGGACUACCAAUCUCAGUACCUAUACCAAGCUUUGUAUCAGUACUGUCAAUGUGUAAUACCAAUCUCAGUACUUAUACCAAGCUUUGUAUCAGUACUGUCAAUGUGGACUACCAAUCUCAGUACCUAUACCAAGCUUUGUAUCAGUACUGUCAAUGUGGACUACCAAUCUCAGUACCUAUACCAAGCUUUGUAUCAGUACUAUCAAUGUGGACUACCAAUCUCAGUACCUAUACCAAGCUUUGUAUCAGUACUAUCAAUGUGGACUACCAAUCUCAGUACCUACACCAAGCUUUGUAUCAGUACUGUCAAUGUGGACUACCAAUCUCAGUACCUAUACCAAGCUUUGUAUCAGUACUAUCAAUGUGUAAUACCAAUCUCAGUACCUAUACCAAGCUUUGUAUCAGUACUAUCAAUGUGGACUACCAAUCUCAGUACCUAUACCAAGCUUUGUAUCAGUACUGUCAAUGUGGACUACCAAUCUCAGUACCUAUACCAAGCUUUGUAUCAGUACUAUCAAUGUGUAAUACCAAUCUCAGUACCUAUACCAAGCUUUGUAUCAGUACUAUCAAUGUGGACUACCAAUCUCAGUACAUAUACCAAGCUUUGUAUCAGUACUAUCAAUGUGUAAUACCAAUCUCAGUACCUAUACCAAGCUUUGUAUCAGUACUGUCAAUGUGUAGUACCAAUCUCAGUACCUAUACCAAGCUUUGUAUCAGUACUAUCAAUGUGGACUACCAAUCUCAGUACCUAUACCAAGCUUUGUAUCAGUACUGUCAAUGUGGACUACCAAUCUCAGUACCUACACCAAGCUUUGUAUCAGUACUGUCAAUGUGGACUACCAAUCUCAGUACCUAUACCAAGCUUUGUAUCAGUACUGUCAAUGUGGACUACCAAUCUCAGUACCUAUACCAAGCUUUGUAUCAGUACUGUCAAUGUGGACUACCAAUCUCAGUACCUAUACCAAGCUUUGUAUCAGUACUGUCAAUGUGGACUACCAAUCUCAGUACCUAUACCAAGCUUUGUAUCAGUACUGUCAAUGUGGACUACCAAUCUCAGUACCUACACCAAGCUUUGUAUCAGUACUGUCAAUGUGGACUACCAAUCUCAGUACCUAUACCAAGCUUUGUAUCAGUGCUGUCAAUGUGGACUACCAAUCUCAGUACCUAUACCAAGCUUUGUAUCAGUACUGUCAAUGUGUAG